AUGGAUUCAGUUUUAAGCCAUUGCAUUCCAAGUGAUUUGAUGGGCAAAACGGUUUUAAGUCGCCGUUCUCCAUUCAAGGUUCAUCAAGCUUUAUGGAAUCCAGACAUUGAUUUAUUAACUUUAGCUUCGCAAAAAGGUGAAGUAUGCGUACGACGUUUGCAUUGGAGGCAUGGAUGGAAGAGAGACAUAUAUGAUGUCAGGCCACUCUUAUUGGACCGAGUCAAAUCGGAAGGUGAAAUUCGAUUGGAAACGAUGUGUUGGAGUCCUGAUGGCAAGGUUCUUGCAACAGCUUUUAGUGACGGCUGUAUUCAUCUGCUAGAUGCUGAAAAAGGAAUCGUCAGGUUUACUGUCAGAAUGAAAGCUCGUGUAACGCUAAUGAGAUGGCAGCGAUUCAGUCAAGAGCUGAACAUAAACCUAAUCAGUGAGGACGCACUUUCUGGCGCACUUGGUGAUUUAUCAGAAAGUGAAAGUUUAAAUGACAAACCAGAAGAACUGAAUCAAUUAAGAGCAAUGAAGGCAUUCUGUGACAGCAGCAAUCUCAGUGUUCUUGGAACGUUAUUGUUCGCGCUUAAUAAAGACAAUACUGUGAUUGUUUUGGCAGCAGGUGUUCUUCCUAUUGCUUCGAUCGAGCCGUCGCUACAUUUUUUUGGCAACUGUGAUCCUUAUUCAAUAACAGUGGGUGAUAUGUUUUAUUCAUCCAAGCGAGGUCAAUUGAUGGUAGUAUAUUCCAGUAUGGGUCAACUCAACUCAGAGAACAAUCCAGGAAUGAAUACUCAGGUUAUUGGUUUUGACAUCGACAGUUUAGGUUAUCUGAAAAACGGUCUAAUAUGGACUAUUGCACGCAGGUGGCUGAAACUAGUGUUUUAUGUGUGCUUUGUUUCUGAAACAUUUGCUCGAGCAAUUGUUGAUUGGGAAGAUCAAUCAAAGGAAUUUAAUGAAAAAUUCAAUUUGUUUGGUGAAGAAAGUGUCUCAAAUUGUAAUCUUGGAGAGUGUUUUAUCAACAUGAUAUUGACGGGGCAAGCGAGUCCAGAACUGGUAAAUUUUUAUCGCAACGUGCUAAAACCAGCGGAUUGGAAAAAAAUGACUGAUUGGGCACACAAAGGUUUCGGUGAUAUAAUUGAAAGCGUCGGUAGAGAACUCCUUCCUGGCGCAGAAGCAUUGCAGCAUAACAUGAAACAAUUGUUUAUUGAGAUGCGAUGUGCGUUACGUAGUUCUAGAACUGAAAAGCUUUUACCUGAACGUUUAUUCGAUGUCGACGUAUAUCCUUACGGCAAGUAUGCUGAAAAAAGUGAUGAAGAAUCUUCGUUAAAAGAACUUAAGAGUUUCCAGAAUCUAGCGGAAGAUAUCAUAAAUAAAAUUAACGAAAUGCAUUUAGUAGCUACGCGCAAUAGGAAGGAUUUGGUUAGUUUCACUAAUUGGUUAUCACAAACACCACCAUUUACGGCAAAGAACAAACGUUCCGCUGCAGAGCUAAAAUUCGAUUUACAGUUGAUUAUUGAAUAUAUCAGGCAAGCAACUAUUUCAAGAAACGGAAUUGCAACAGAAAGAUUUGAAAUGACCGAUACUUUCCAGAAUUAUUCUUUUGAUAAAGUUCUGCAAUAUUUUGGUUGUCAUAAAUCUCUUAAGUAUCGUUUGGAUCUUCGGAGCAAUGCUUGGAAUAUGUUGUGUGAGCAGCAGUCUUCGAGAACAUUAGCUGAUAGUAUCACGUGUUGUUUUGACGUCUUGCAAACUAUACAGGAUAUAUUCCUGAAAAACUUCACUGCGGCAGUCGUAGCGCAGACAAAUUCAAUUUUGGAACAAAAUCAUGCAGAAGGUUUUGAAAAAUUUGCAAUAUUUCUUCCUCAUGAAACUGCAUCUGAAUGCUAUACAUAUGAUGAGCAAAAGUGGUUGUUAACGAUAGCGGAUGAACCGUUUGCAGUAUCUUGCAUUGGCGUUAAUGGCUCUCGUCAUGUAAUCUAUGGAGCUUCGAGUAAAAUGCUUUACAAAAUGUGCUACUCAAAACAGUGUUCAAAAAAUGUGGCUGGUUUUAGUGGCGAUAUCAAACAUAUUGUAACAAAAAAUUCAGAUAGCGAUAGUUUCCAAGAACAAGCCGAUAAGCCGAAGUCGCCAACCUCAGCGAAGCUGUUGAGAAUUGAAAACCCUUUCAAUUCAUUAAUCAGUCGCCGACUGGUGCAUUUCGAAUGGUAUGGUAACGGAAGUUUUUAUGGGCUACUGAAAAUUUGUAAGGCCAACAAAGAACAAACAGUACUCUUCAGGAGCUGCCUUUUUGAUAAUACAAAUUAUUUGCAUGAGGAUAUCUCAGGUUGUACGGAGUCGUACGUAUCAUUUACUCUUUCUUUUCAUCGAAAAUCGGGUGUUAUUUUCACAGAAAAUGGUUUUCGGGCAAAAUGGUUCGAAAUUAAGAUCCCUAUACAAAGAAUUUCAGUUCUCAAUCGACAGCAGUCUAAAUAUGGUACUUAUCAAAACAGUCAAACGAAAAGCAUAUUUACUGAAGCUAUGGAUGUAACUGAACAAUUACACAUUGAAGAAGGCUUGAUUGCUGAACAACAGGAAGAAGAUGAGAUGGAGGAAAGUGUUCAAUUAAGAAGAAGCGUAAGGAAACGAAAACCACUGAAGAAAUAG